AUGCGCUGCCUGCUCGUCGCGAUCGCUGUCGCCGCGACCUGCUGCUGGCCGAGCAGCCACGCACGCACGCAGGUCCUCGUCAUCGGCGGCACGGGCAACCUUGCCCAAAAGUACCUCUGGCCUGCGUUCGAGGCUCUCCACGCCCGCCACGACGUCGAGCUGUGGGCCGCCGGCACGGACCCGCCGGGUGUCGCUGCGCCGCGCCUCGCCUCGAUCCGACCGCCGUCGCUUCCUCUGCACUAUGCACAGCUGUCGACGGCCGCCGACUACGCGGCACUGGCCGCCCGACCCGAGUGGCAGCAGGACGCCGGCCUCGUUGUCUACCUUGCGAUCCCGCCCACAUAUUUCCAGGCGACGUGUGCGCUCAUCCAUACGUAUUUGCGCCACCCCAGUCGCCCGUGGCUGCGCGUCGUGGUCGAGAAGCCUUUCGGCCACGACUUGGCGAGCGCGCGGGCGCUGGCAGCUGCACUCGCUGUCGACUUUGACGCGUCCGAGCUGUUUCUCAUCGACCACUACCUCGGCAAGGCGAGCGUCCGCGGCCUCGACGCCUUUGUCAGCGCCAACGCCCACUGGUGGUCGCUUCCUGCCGCGACGCAUGUUGGCAUUCAUAUGCGCGAGACCGAGACGUGUGCGGGUCGGACAGGCUUUUUCAACAGCGUCGGCAUUGUGCGCGACGUGAUGGUCAACCAUUUGACCGUGCUGCUCUUGCACGCUGCGGGGGCGUCGACCGAGGACGACCGCAAGGCGCUGACGCAGUCGCUUGCACUCCAAGAGGUGGUCCAUGGACAGUACCAGUCGUACUUGGCGCACGCCAAUACGUCGCAUUCGACGACGGCCACCGCGGCCGCCGUGCAAUUCGCGCGUGCCCCGGCUACGUCCAUAGCGAUUUCAGCCGCCAAAGCGGUCGCAUACCGGUCGACAACCAUGACGUGGCACGCGCGAGGCGUGCCCAACUGCACCGUGCGCAUCGUCCUCCAGAAGGGGCGUGACGAAGGCAUUGUCAUCGACGUCUGUGCCGCCCUGUCGCCCCAGGUACAGCUCCCUACAGGCUGGGUCUGGGCGUCGUCGACGCAGCUCUCGCCGGCGUCGACGCAGCUCUCGCCGGCGUCGACGCAGCACGACUCAGCCUACACCUAUUUGGUCGAUGCAAUCUUGCGUGGGGACCGCCGGUACUUCAUGAGCGUCGGUGAUAUCCUGCACGCGUGGGCCCUCUGGAUGCCCGUCUUGGACCAGCACGCGGUGCCCCGGGUGUACACCGAUGCGACACCGGACGAUGGGUUCCUGCACCUUGCACAACGUCGCGCGUUGCACGACGACUUGUAG